AUGGAGCAAAUCGCUGCACGGCCCACCGCUUCCAGACAGAAAGAACAAAUGCGCUACAUGCCAGUUGGAAUGUACAAGACUCUGACCCUGGACCGUCUCCAAAUCCGCCCCUGCACCCCCUUUGUCUGGUCUGGAGGCGCCGACGCAGAGGAGCAUUCACAGCAGCUAUCAGACCGGCAGAUGCAGGCAUCAUUAGGCUCAUUGCUCGGGUCUGUGCGCGCCGGACCGAAGCGUUUGAUUACUGUAACAGCACAGAAUCACUGUUUGUGGGAGAAGAAAGCAUCGGAUUCAAAGCACACGCAUUUGUUGAGAACUCCUGUAUUGUGUGUUGUGUUUGCAGGCGGACUCAGAGGCGCUUCAAUCGUGGAUUCUCUGGACACGCUGUACAUCAUGGGUCUGAUGGAGGAGUAUGAGGAAGCCAAGGAAUGGGUCCAAAACAACCUGGACCUGAACUCGAAUGGAGAGGCGUCACUGUUCGAGGUGAACAUCCGUUACGUUGGCGGACUUCUCUCUGCGUACUACCUGACGGGAGCUGAGAUAUUUAAGCAGAAGGUGAUGGAGCUGGGCGAGAAGUUGUUACCCGCCUUCAACACGCCCACCGGCAUUCCCAGAGGAGUCAUUAACCUGGGCAGUGGCACCAGCUGGAGUUGGGGCUGGGCAUCGGCCGGAAGCAGCAUCCUGGCCGAGUUUGGCACGCUGCACCUGGAGUUCCUUCACCUGUCCCAGCUGUCCGGAAACCCCCUGUUCACUGAGAAGGUGAUGAACAUCCGAAAGCUGCUGAACAAAAUCGAGAAGCCUCACGGUCUGUAUCCCAACUUCCUGAGUCCUGUCAGCGGCAACUGGGUACAGCAUCACGUGUCUAUCGGAGGUCUUGGGGACAGUUUCUACGAGUACCUGAUCAAAUCCUACCUGAUGUCAGACAAGACGGAUCAGGAGGCCCAGAAGAUGUACUACAGCGCCAUGGAGGCCAUCGAGACGAACCUGGUGCAGAAGUCUCCAGGUGGCCUGACGUACGUGGCCGAGUGGCGAGGAGGAAUCCUGGACCAUAAGAUGGGGCAUCUGGCCUGUUUCUCCGGCGGGAUGAUUGGCAUCGGCGCUGACGACGGGCCGGCGGGACAGAAGCAGCAUUACCUGGACCUGGCCGCGGAAAUCACUCACACCUGCCACGAGUCCUACAGCCGCUCAGCCACCAAACUUGGUCCGGAGGCGUUCCGCUUCGAUGCAGGAGCCGAGGCCACAGCCACCCGACUGAGUGACCGCUAUUACAUCCUGAGGCCAGAGGUCAUCGAGAGCUACAUGUACAUGUGGCGUUUGACCCACGACCCCAAAUACAGGGAGUGGGGCUGGGAGGCCGUGGAGGCGUUGGAGAAGCACUGUCGUGUAGACGCGGGUUUCUCAGGAAUCAGAGACGUGUACGCCUCCACAGUCAGUCACGACAACAUGCAGCAGAGCUUCUUCUUGUCCGAGACACUCAAAUACCUGUACCUGCUGUUCUCGGACGAUGAUCUCCUGCCGCUGGAGGACUGGGUGUUUAACACGGAGGCUCAUCCGCUGCCCGUUAUACGCAAGAGAUGCCUGCAGGAGCACAGCGCCACACAAGACCAUGGACAGACCAACCUGGAGUAGUAUUUACCAUUACACACACACACACACACACACACACACACACACGGAUUCAACCUCACGGGUCCUGACAUGGAUUCUCAGCUCCUUUCCUGUAAAGGAUCUCUUCAUACAUAUAUAUAUAUAUAUAUAUAUAUAAAUAUACGCUGUGAUUGUAUAUCUCUGAGCCGAGGCUUCCCACUCUCCUCGGCGGGCGGAAGCCGGCGCAAUUUUCUGUGGAAAAUCAGUGAAAC